AUGCCUUCCAAAGUCACAAUUGCGAAGCUAGUGCAUGCUUCGCUAGCAAGACGUACUCCCGAAAAAAUCUUCCUUUCGCUUUUGCUCCAGACUCUCCAAACAGACUCCAUUUCUGAUAAUGAAUUGUUGGAAGGAUUGAUCCAACUCAACUUCGAUGGGAAUUCCGUAGCCGAACAAAUAGAGCUUGCACUUGUGUUUGCAGGCUCCUCUAUAGAGAACGCCAAAACAUUCUUUCGUUUACUCCUGAAGCUGUCCGUAGAGUGUCAAUUGAAGUACCUCAUACACCUCAAAAACUCGUACUCAACUGUGUUUAAUGAGUCGGUGUUACAAGACGUUGUGAGCGUGUCACUUCCAAAAUAUACUUCUGAAGUUGAGCUGAUUGUUUGUGCUUCUGGUGGUCUGCCAACGGUGGAGAUUAGGACCCUAUGGAGCCUGCUCAUGUUUUUGUGGAGAUCUGUGGCCAAGACACAUUCGCAAAUGAUGGACGGUGCACUUGAUGGUGCACUCCUUAUAAAAUGUUCUAAGGAGACCAGUUUUUCGUUGGAUUACGUGAAGAAGACUCUCUUAUUGGUGGACACACAAGCUAAGACCAGUGAAUUGACUAUAAGCCCGGGAACCUUGAAAUCUGCUUCGUCGCCUGAAAGCGUCUACUCAUUGAACGUGUUUUCCAAAAAAUACAGUACCUAUCUCAAGAUCAAGAAGGUAACAUGGCUCACAGCACGCUUCCGCACUUGGAACUUCAAUGAACACUUGCUAGAACAAUACGCUUCUUUCUUCAAGAUCCCUACACAAAACCCCACCGAUGUUAUUGAAGAGAUCGUAGCUGCCUUUUUUGGUGGUAUCUUAUGUGCUAUUGAACUGGGUGAAGAGCCUUUUGUUCUCUUCAACUGGAAAAACUAUAUCGUAAGUCGCCUACCAAACUAUCUUCGACUGUAUCGACCUUUGCAAAUUGCAGGAAUCACUGAAGAUAUCGGAGAAUCUUUGCUAGCGGCAGUCAUGGCCUUCGAUACGCCACAUAUUGUCGAAAUGAAAAUAGGCGGCGCCAAAACCCCCUAUGAUCUCCGUAAAAAGUUCUUGAAAAGCUGCAUAUAUCUGCAAAUCAUUACUUUGGAUCAGUAUGCCAAGUCUUUUAGUGAAGAGGCCCGUCUCAUGUCCCAGUCGCUCAUUACGCAUGAAGUCGGCCAACUUAGCCACGUUGACCAAAUCACUCACGAAUUCAACACAAAGAUUGCAAAGGUGAAUGUAGAGUUCACGUCCUUUGAAGAGAGUAAACUCAUAGAAUAUUUUCAAAGUCUCUCCAAUUCCAAUUUCGAGUACCUGGAGGAUAAACAAGCCCGUCUUGCCUCAUUGACCAACGAGUUAGUGGAAACUUGCAUUGAGGAGAAAAAUAUAGAAAAACUUAGCAGACUCUUACUCGGCUUCCUGAACUCUUUGUCAACUGCAAAUUUUGUGUUUUUCUGCUCCCCCAAGGGCCCAUGGCUGAUUCUAGAACUGUUGAUGCAAUACCUAGAUGACCAACCGUUCAGCGUGGAUGAUGACGAGAGUAACUUUCAAGACAUACAUGCAUCUUUUGGAAUAAUCUUGUCGAGCAUAAUUGCCAUUGUUUGCUUUUUUGGUGUCGACUUCGAGCAUUUGAACGUGCAACUGUCGUAUACGAUCGACUACAUCAACAAGUUUUUCUUCAGACUGGCAGAUUCCUUGAGUGGAUCAAUAACAGGAACUGAUGAUGAUGACAACACGAUCAUUUCGAACUAUAACACACUAAUGGCAGAUUGGGUAGCCUCGUUGUUUGACGUGAACAACGAAGGACUUUCUGAUGAGCUACUCAAAUCCGUGAAUGUCAAGCAAAUUUACAAAUUUAUGCUUAUCAUAUUCCAACAAGCGAUCUCUGCACGAAUAGUGAAUGUUCUCAGCUCUGCUAGUAUCAACAAUGGUAUUGAUUAUCUUUCACAGAACUUUCUCGCCCCUUGCUCUGUGGAAAUCAUCAAAUGGAUCUCCAGCCGGAUCGACAGCGGCCAAAUGCAUAGCGAAGCAUUGUCGGAAAUCAUUUUAAAGAUCAUUGAGAGCAACAUGGGAUCCGACCAGGCCUCAAAUUUGAAUGGUCCGAACUUCAUCUUCCGCAUGAUCACAAAUAUUGUUGCCCCUUUCCUCAAACUGGCUAUCAGCAAUUCCGGAACAGUAGGGCCCAAUGCUAUCAAAUUACAGAAAUUUUUACAAUCUACAGCCGAUCUAGAGUACUGUGGUUAUGAGACAAGAACUGCGGCCAGUAGCGUUGAGAAAAGCGAAGCCCGGGUUAUCCUCCAGGGCAUCAAAGCUGAAUUAGCGCUUAUUGUCAAGAAGCCACCAGUCGAGGCAACCGCUCUUGCUCUGGUAUGGGCAAGAUUCAAGCAAAAAUUGAGAAGAAUAACGACACUUAACAUAAGCGACACCGUUUUGGAAGAAUUGAGCAAAUGCGCCAAGGCGCCUCUCCACGCACAGUCUGAAGACUCGCGGCUAUUGGUCGAUUUUCUUCUUUUUAGUCUUUCAGUUGACAGCUGCCCCACCCUCGACACAGCCCAAUGGCAUCUAGUUGCGUUGGAGAAGUUGAAAUUGCAGCCAACGUUGUCCUGCAAGGCGGCUCAUGCGGAUGCAGGAGAGGUUGGAUUCCAAGCGUCCAUGGACCAACACUACCUGUCGAUUUUCAACGAGGGCAUACCACUGGGAAGCCCAGCUGCCACGGGCAGUGCGCCAGAAUUUAAAGAUGAAUUCGAGCCUAAAGACGAUCUCAUGGGCUUUGACACCGACGAUCUAUUCAACGAUAUGCCGCAAGAUCUUUUCGAAGAGCCGAUGGGCAUAAUCGCACCCGCUAGUACUGCACCACAGACGCAUCCGCUUCCCCAAGCAGGACUCUCUCUGUCGAGGACUUCUGUAUUGGGCUCCUAUCUCGAAAUGUGGUGUAUGCAAUCACCGCUUUUCCAGGUCAUGGAGUACCUUGCAAUAUCCGCUGUGUAUGACCCCGAGUGGGAAAGAAUCUUUACUGUUGCCAAGACCAAAAUACGACUGGAUAUUGACGCUUGUAUAAAGGGUUUAUGCAACUAG